ACAACUGAGCCUUGAAACAUUCGCCGCCAUUGUUUUUGAGGAGACAUCACCUUUAGAAGAGAAUUCACGUACGUGUGUAUGUUUGUUCGUUUCUGCGAAUGAAAACAAGUUUGCGUGGUACUGGUGAGAGACAGAAAAAGUGGAUGGUUAAAAUGCAUUCGGGAGUCUCUGUGUGUCGAGGACAGCGAGCAGGAGUGUUUCAAGUUUUUCACUUCAACCAGGCAAUUCCUAUGUUCACAUUUUCAAAGGGAACGAUACUUUUCUUCCUGGUUUUGCUCUCAAAGCUCCUCGACAGACCUGCGCAUCUCUCGCCUACUUCAAACGCUUCUUUUUGCCGUGAAAAAAGCUCGACUUGGUCUUUCGUUCCUCUUUUCUCCAGCGUCUUCCCUCGCAUGUUCCGGUUUUAAUCCCCUUUCGUCUUUUCGCGGCUCUCGCUUGCGUCUUCCUCCAUAUUUACGUCAGUGCCCCUCCUCUUUCUUCGCCUCUCGUCUCCAAAGCGUCCUCUCUACAACCUUUUCCCCCUUCCGCUCUCUCCUACACUAUCUGUCGCUCUCUUGUGCUGCUCUUCUCCUCUCCGUUUUUUGUCGGAUUCUCUGUCUUCUUCUCUGUCGCGCCUCUGUCUCUCUUCCGUCUCUCUUUCUUCCGUCUCUUCGCUUCUCGCUCGCUGCUGCCUUCCAGCGUGCUCCGGCUUGCCUUUCCUCUCGUGGGCGUGGAGAUGGAGGGGAAGAGCGCAUGCAAGUGGCUUCCUCUGGAGGCAGAUCCGCUGCUCUUUGCGCAGUACGUCAACGAGCUCGGCGGCCCAGUCGCUGCCGCCGUCGAGCACGGUGGAGAGACAGAGAAGAGACACGAGGGUCACGAGGCACUCCUCUCCUUCGAGGACGUCCUCGCUCUGGAGUCGUGGGCGGCAGAAAUGGUGGCGCACCCCACAGUCGCUGUUCUGCUGCUCUUCCCCAUCACUGAGGCGACGGAGAAAGGCCGCAGAGAGCAAGACAAACAGACGGCCGGACAGUCGCUGAACAACGUCUGGUUCACCAAGCAAACUGUCGGUAAUGCAUGCGGCACUGUGGCCCUGCUCCACUGUCUGGCCAAUCUGCCUCGUGAAAAAUUUCCUCUGCAGCCUAACCGCUUCCUCGAACACUUCCUCAAGGAGACUGCAGAUCUCUCCCCCGAGCAACGAGCAAAGGUUCUCGAGACAGAUCGAUCCCUCGCCUCUGCACACAAGAGUUUCGAGCAGCAGGGGCAGUCGGCUGUACCUCCACGCGAGAGCGACGUCGACACGCACUUUGUGGCUUUCGUCUUUCACGAGGGACAUUUGGUGGAGUUAGACGGCAGACGCGCCACUCCCGUCGACCACGGCUCGGUCGAAGGUGGAGCGACUCUCGAGGACGCCGCGAGAAACCAGCGUCUUUUGAAAAUGACUCUGAACGUCAUCCAAAAAGAAUUCGUCGAAAAAUGCCCAGGAGAGCUCCGCUUCCAAGUCAUCGCCGUCGGCGACGCCAAGGCCGCGUAG